AUGGAGAAAGCAAACAGCGAACACUUGGACAUCCAAGGCACUCACUCCGAUGUACAGGAUAUAGAGUCUGAAAACUCGCACUUCUACAUGGAAGAACGACUGGCCCAUUUAUCCGAAGAACAUCGUCAAUACCUCCUCAACCGACAUGGAACUCUUGACCUCGAUCCAAUCCCAGAUAUGAACGAUGCAGACCCAUACAACUGGCCUGUUUGGAGGAAAACACUCAACCUAUCCCUCGUCGCCUUCCACGCCAUGAUGGCCACAUUCACAGCCGCCGCCAUCCAAUGCGCAUUCGAAGAUAUAUCAGAAGACCUGGGCGUGAGCAUGCAACGCACCAGCUACCUGGUCUCUCUAUUCAUCGCAGUCCUUGGCGGAGCACCAUUGUUCUGGCGUCCUUUGUGCAACCGCUACGGACGCAGACCCAUAUUUCUUCUUUCUCUGGCUUGCAGCUUGAUCGGUAAUAUAGGCUGUGCCUAUAGUCCUUCGUACGCGACCAUGGGGUUGUGUCGCGCCAUAACCUCGUUCUUUAUCAGUCCCGCCGCGGCGAUCGGCAGCGCCGUCGUUGCUGAAACGUUCUUCCGCAAAGAUCGAGCUCGCUGUAUGGGUGUCUGGACACUUAUGGUUACCCUUGGUGUACCUGCAGCGCCUUUUAUUUUUGGUUUUGUUGCGUUGCGUGUGGGAUACCGUUGGAUUUACUAUACACUUGCGAUUGUCAACGCAGUUCAGUUCAUUUUAUAUUUCUGUCUAGGGUCGGAAUCUCUCUACCUACGAAACACUGCCGCAUGUCACAUCUCAAGCACAAAACGAUGCCUCUUCAAAUUCGCCCGUAUUGACCCAGCCCCACUAAAGCUUAGGGACUUCAUCCACCCCCUUAGCUACGUGUCCAAGCCAUGCGUUCUCAUUCCAGCAGCCGCAUACGCUAUGAUCUUCCUCUGGGGCAGCGUAAUCCCCACCAUCGAGAUUCCACAAGUCUACCCCGAAAAAUUCGGACUCAACACCCAACAGGUCGGUCUACAGUUCCUAGGCAUUAUUAUUGGAUCCGUGAUCGGCGAGCAAAUAGGCGGCUUGAUAUCCGAUCGCUGGAUGAUGAUGCGACAGAAACGUACUGGUGAGCCUGCAGCACCGGAAUACCGUCUCUGGCUAAGCUACAUCGGCCACGCUUUGACGAUCUGCGGUAUUGUGGUUUUUGCCAUUCAGCUCCGUGACUCGGGAGGUUCAUGGAACAUCACCCCUGUUAUAGGAUCGGCGAUCGGGGCUGCUGGUAAUCAGAUCGUGACUACGGUUGAUAUUACAUAUGCGGUGGAUUGUUACCGCGAAGAUGCAGCUAGUGUGGGUGUUUUCAUUACGUUUGUUCGUCAAAUGUGGGGGUUUAUUGGACCGUUCUGGUUUCCGCAGAUGUUCGAAACGGCUGGAUGGGCUGGAGGAGCAGGAAUCGCGACUGCACUUAUAUUUGUUGUCAGUGUCAUGCCGACUAUUGUCAUCCAAUGGCGGGGUGCAGGCUGGCGAUGA